GUCCUUAUGACCUAAGCAGCGUUCCAUUACUUCCGCCAAUUGAGAUUUUUGUUUACCUUGAUUACUGGAAUCUGACAGGUACGGAAUGAACGAAAACGUAAAGCACACGACGAAUGCGUUAUAGGUAAAAGGAAAGGUAAAAACGGAUUAAAAAAAAAAAAAAAGACGUUUAACACCCAGCAGCCAUGCUUGUUCCAAUCUUCACACUAAAACUAAACCAUAAAAUCACCCCACGAACAGUCAGUUUGGGCAAAUUUGAUGGCAUCCAUCCUUCACUUGCAUGUGGGACCAUUGGUGGAAAGGUUCUUAUCCAUAGUCCUCACUUAAAGACCACACGGCAGCAAACUGAUGGUUUUGGAAGAACUCCUGAAGUGUCUGAUAUAAGCCUUCUCAAUAUAAACCAGCAAGUGAUUUCGCUUGCUACAGGACGCCUUGAUCCUGAAGUGCCUUGUGACAGCCUGCUUGUAGGAACAGCAACUAACCUCAUGGCUUAUGAUGUUGACAACAAUACAGAUCUAUUCUACAAAGAGGUACCAGAUGGGGCAAAUGCCAUAGUAGUUGGUAAACUUGGUGGUAUAGAGACACCCAUGGCAAUAGUGGGAGGAAACUGUUCUAUUCAAGGAUUCAACCGCAAAGGAGAGGAAGCAUUUUGGACGGUGACUGGUGACAAUAUUUGUUCUUUGGAGUUGGUCAACUUUAGUGGGGGUGGCCAAAAUGAGCUGGUGGUUGGAUCUGAAGAUUUCGACAUCAGAGUCUUCAGGGAAGAUGAAAUCAUUGCAGAAAUGACAGAGACAGAGGCAAUCACAUCCCUGUGCAGAAUGCAUGACACUCACUUUGGCUAUGCACUGGCGAAUGGCACAGUUGGAGUCUAUGAUCGCACUACACGAUACUGGCGCAUUAAGUCCAAGAACCAUGCUGUGACAAUUAUGGGCUAUGACCUGGACAAUGAUGGGGUAGAGGAGCUCAUUACUGGCUGGAGUAAUGGAAAGAUUGAUGCCAGAAGUGACAGAACUGGUGAGGUCAUCUUCAAAGACAAUUUUAGCCAGACUGUUGCAGGCAUUGUGAAGGGAGAUUAUCAAAUGAGUUCUUCCUCCACACAAGAACAACUGAUAUGUGUGUCUGUUGAUGGUGAAGUUCGUGGCUACAACCCAGCCCAGGCAGGUGUGACUGGAAACUUGAUGGAUACAAAUGUUGAGCAGGACACUAUUAGAGAACUUAGUCAGCGUAAACAGAAUCUUCUUCUUGAGCUAAAGAAUUACGAAGAAAAUGCCAAAGCUGGAAUGGCACCUGAACUGGCAUCUGGACUGUCAUCAUCUGUGAUAGCUGCUUCUGGAGCAACUGGUGGUGGUGCUCGGGGUGCCACCACCCUGAGUGCCAGCAGCUCUGUCAUUGGGGUUGGUGGGAGACCUGGUGUGAGUAGUGGAGGGGACAGCAGCACAGGGGAUGCUGGUAGCAUUAGAAGUACAGAGACUGUGACUAGCUACAAAGUAGGAGGAGCCAUUGGGGAAUAUGAGAAGGCUGCCAUGGGAAUGAUUCCGGCCAACACACAGUUACAGACAACGCUGUCUGUAAACUCUGGUGAUGGCACCAAGCCACCUCGUGUGGAACUUUCCAUCAGCACCACCAAUGAUACCAUCAUCCGAGCAGUUUUAAUUUUUGCAGAAGGAAUAUUUGAUGGUGAAAGUCAUGUAGUACACCCUAGUCCAAGUGCCUUGUCAGGAAGUCUGAAGGUUGCAAUAAUUCCACCAAAAGACAUUCCUGUCGAUCUUCAUAUCAAGGCUCUUGUGGGACACAAAUCCAGCACACAGUUUCAUGUGUUUGAGCUAACACGACAACUGCCAAGGUUUUCCAUGUACUCCCUUUGCCAAGAAGUGCCAGAGCCUCGCAGCUCAGUGACUAUGCAGCUGAACGAGAGAGUGCAGAGAGUCUUCAUGUGGCUAAACCAGAGUUUCCUUCUACAUGAUGACUUAACAGUAGACACAGAAGUCAAGGUCUGUUUCAUGUCACUUCGGGGUUCUGGGCCACUCAUCAUUCGUAUGGACCAAAUGGGACAGUUCACCAUUAGGACAGAUGACAUGGACCUAGCAGGAGAUGUUAUUCAAUCUCUUGCUCAGUUUAUGAAUCUGGAUGACCUUCUGACAACUGCUGAUUUUCCCAUGGAGAUUGAAACACUGAAACAGAUUCUUGUCAAGGUGGAUGAGUUCCACAGGGUACGCCAAAAGUUGACAGCAGAAAUGGCAGAUCAUUCAAACCUGAUCCGCAGUAUGGUUGUUCGUGCAGAAGAUGCUCGUCUCAUGGGUGACAUGCGCAACAUGCGUAAGCGUUACGUAGAGCUGUUUGACUUGAAUCGUGAUUUAAUCAAUGGCUACACCAUCCGCUGCAACAACCACCAGGAACUGUUGGCGUGUCUGAAACUAGUCAAUCAGACCAUACAACGUGCAGGCCGCCUUAGAGUUGGCCAUUACAAGACUUUGGUCAUCAACGCUUGCAGAGGUGCUAUCAAGAGUAACAACACUUCAUCUCUUUUCAAAAUAAUUCAGACAGGGCAGGCUUAGAUAAUUUGUUAUGAGUUUGGGUAUUUUUGUGAAAUGCUGGUGUUACCUCCUGUUACCUUAUUUUUGAGCAGCUGAAAGCCAUACAUAUCAUGAAAUCUUGAAAUCAUUUCACUGAAGAGAGUCAUUUGUGAUUAUUUUCUGAGUGUGAUAUGUUUGUGAAUAGAUGUGAUGGUUAAAAGUGAAAUUUUGAGAUGGAAAGUUAUUGCACUAAUUAUUAUACCUUUUAACAAUUCUUGCUAACAAAAUAAAGUUUAGCAACCCAAUUUUUUCCAUUCAGUUUCAAGAGAUGUCAUUCAGACUUUCUGUUUCAUUGUGAAAAAGGAAAAAGAAAAUUUUUAGAAUAAACAUUUCUAUGUAUUUGUGAUACAGUUCAUGGCCAUCGUAAUCCGUCCAUUUUGUUUCAUUUACAGCCUUGUUAAUAUUUGUUAAAAACAUUUUACUGAAGACGACUCUUUUUACAUUCAGCACAAGUGAAUUUGAACUCAUUCAAGUUCUAAAAUGAUUAUGUACUCAUUUUGUGGAGUGGGUCAAAUUAUUUAAAAAUAGUAGCAAGUAAUUUUAUUAAAUUUUAAAGUUUGAAUUGUUCUAAAAUC